AUGUGUGAUGAAGAGGAGGUUGCAAGCUGUGGAUCUUCCACAAGGCAGCCUGGAGGAGAGACUGCAGAGGACAACGCCUUCUCCAGGGACUGCUGUGCUGCCUUCAGGGUCCUGCAGGCUGGAGCUCAGGAGCAGCUCUUGUGGGACUGCUGGAGGACCUCAGAGGCAUCGUCUGGGAACCUGGAGAACACCAGCGCCUCAAGGACCAAGUUCAACAACGAUAUAACCAUCAAGUUGGACUUGUUCCACUGCAUGCGGCGCUUCACUGCACAUGAGAGCGCUGCAGGUGCAAGGUGCCACAGCCCCGAGAGCUGCUUGCAGAGGGUGGAAGACGUCCUGCUUCACUUCUACCUGGUGGUGCGCUGGAACUUCCGGAGACUGGUUGACCUGAAGCUGCCCGGUGUGGAGCUGCCAGCCGUGUUCGACCCCGUGUUGAUAGCAGAGCUGAACAAUUUGUCUGCAAAGGCAAAAUAUCCAGCGCUGCAGGUCACCAACGGAGACACAGGAGAGAGAUUCGGUCUGGACUAUGUGGAGCGUUGCUGUCGUCCUGUUCCUCUCAACUGGGACAAGCACAAGACACAGCCAAGCAUGGCCGCUGCGGUCGCCAAGGAGACGGAGCAUCCUGCAGCUGUAGAGGCCACAGACCGUCAGGAGACCAGUGCCACUGUGAGGGAAGCUCCAGCCAGUCUUGUGCCCAUCCUGUCCUUCCACGAGGGGUCUGACGUAAAGUUCCAGCCGCCCUGGAGGCCGUCGUCUGCUCCAGCCGCUCGCACCGGACCGAUGAAAACAGGAGGCAUCGUCCAGGUCCUGGACCACGGCCGGUGGACAGAAGGUGCCAUUGACGGCUUCUGAUGAAAUACCACGGAGCUCCACGCAUGCUGAAGCAGGUGGAUGACGACUACGCCGCCAUGGUCCAGAGGGGGUGCACUGACCCUCACAGUUUGUUACAUCCGACCACAUGCCAACAUAUCUCCAGAUAUGUCAAGCAUCUGGCCAAAAGAAAACCCACCAGCUCCUCUCUGAACACCAGCCCAGAGAAGGUGUUGGACACAGCAGCUGUGGCAGAGCUUGACCACCGGCAGCCAAACGGUCAGUGUGCCGGUCAUCACCAUGCCUCCUGCAACCGUCAACCCUCCAGCUGUGGCGCCUCUCAAGGAGGAGUCACUGAGCCGGGAUGCAGUGGAGAAGAUGGUGGCUAAGAUCCUGGACAACAGCAGCAGCAACAUCCGCAGCAGAAGCUGACGAGGAACUGUCUGGCCUGCGCUCAGCCAAAGUCCCGCUACCUUGCCGACGGUUCCUCGGUUCACUUUUUUUACCAGACAAAGACGGUAACAUGUUUCUACUGCUCCACCAAGGUCUUUAAGACGUAUGAAUGCGAAGGCCUGAGAGACCCCCGCAUGUCCUUUGAGGACUUUGCAGCGUCUCCUUUCUUUGAGCGCGAGCUGGAGGCCGCCAAGCAGAGGGGAGCCGAGUGGAAGAAGGUGGCAGAAGAGAGGAAGAAGAGGAAGUCGGCGGAGCCGCUGCCGACAGGUCGCCUGUGCCCCUGAAGCGAGGCCCCGGCAGCCCUCAUGUUCACAGCU